AUGCCUAUUUCGCAAUCUCUCACGGUGAAGGGUUUCUCCUUCAUCAUGGGUGAUAGAAAACCUGUCUGCAAUGGGGAAACCCUCUUUGUCUUCCUCUUUCUCUGUCCUGAGACACGAACAGCUCAAACAGCUCGAAUCGAUCUGAGAAGGGAACACUUGCUCUUUUCCUCUUCUCGGGAACAGCCAUCCUCACCAAAACCUCUCCCGCCGCCGCUACUUCAAAUCUUGCUUCUCGGGUUUUUUUUUCCAUUUCUGGUUCCUCCUUUUAUUUCUAUCCCACCGCUUCCUCUUCCGAGACCCACAUUCAAUCCCCCCCUUAAUCCUAACCCUAACUCUAAUCCACAAAGCAACCAUGGCCAUGGAGAUGGUAAUACAACCUCUGUUGUUGAUAACAACCCAAAUAGCAGUAGCGAUGGCAAUGCAUCCUCUGUUGUCGUUCAUAACAACCCAGAUAGCAGUAGCCAUGGUAAUGCAUCCUCUGCUGUGAAACAGAAUGUCGCCCAAGUUGGAAAACCCAAUCUCCGCUCAAGAAAGACGAAGACCCAUCACAAGAAACCUUCGAAACGACCAAAGAAGAACAAUAAGAAGCACAGAAAUUUCAAUGCGUCUUCUGCUACCAACGCCAUAGAUCCAUUAAAAGCAAAAACCCAUACGGGCAAAGACCUGAGAUCAUGUGAUUUCUAUGAUGGAAGCUGGGUUGUUGACGAUUCGCCCCCAGCCUACCUUCAUGGAUCAUCUCCAUUUGUUGAAGAAGCUUUCAAUUGCUUUGAAAAUGGACGGGUAGAGGAUGAUUUCCUCAGAUAUCGGUGGCAAACCAGGUUGGAUGGGAAAGAGAUGUUGGAUAUGUUGAGAGGGAAAAGACUAGCUUUCGUUGGUGAUUCUUUGAAUCGAAACAUGUGGGAAUCUCUCGUCCGUCAUCUUUAUAGGAAUAUAAUUGCUCAAUCGAGUUUAUCCGAUCACCAUUCUUAGUAGAUGAAUGGGAAUUCACCGAUAAAAGGACCGGAGCUUGGAAGGAGACGCUUAGGGUCGACGUAAUUGAAGAAUCGGCCUUCAAGUACCAACAUGCCGAUGUGCUAAUCUUCAACACAGCCCUAGUUUCAGAUUCACAGCCGCUACCUUCAUCCCUUCUCAGAUCCAUUUGAGAUGUUCGUGUAUCAGCGACAGAAAGAGGAAGAGGAAGGAAGAGAAAGAGGAAGAGGGCUGAAUAUCAGGGGUAUCUUGGGCAUUUCAUAAUUAAGAGGGUAUUUUGGGGAUUAUAAAAAAAUUAACUUGACUUAAGAGCCAAAACUAACAGUUUGGGUUGUUAGAUAGCGCAUUUUUCUUGUAUGGGAAAGUAAUGAUAUUUUUGCAAA